AUGCCCGACUACCUGCACUCCAUCGCACCUUCCCUCAACACAAAUCGACGACCGGCACUUCGCCCCAUGAGCCAAAUCAACUUCUUCUUUUCUUCUUUCCCCUUUGACUUCCACUCAGAUUAUCGGCUCGCCUACCCAAAACCAUUUAUCGUCGUUAUGGAUUACACACUGCGGUGCAAUCAGCUCAAAUGCCGUGUUGAACUUCGAGAUCGCGCUAUUGUGACAACCUGCAGUCAUAUUUUCUGUAUCCAGUGUGGUGAUACCACCGGAUUCUCACGUUCGGACACUGCCACACGUGCUUGUCUGGCCUGCAGCACGCUACUUGCGAACCAAGAUGAUGUUGUAAUUGCUGAUCUUAAUCCAUCCGAAGAAUAUAAAACUUGUAUCCUCAGUGGCUUAAAUCCGGCAGCCAUUAUGGACUGUGCGAGCAGAGGAUUGUCGUUCUUUAGUUACCAAACCUCGCAAGAGAUCCUCUAUCAAGACCACUUGGCAAAAUCGCUCACGGACAGAUAUUCGACUCUCAACCAGCAGAUGGACCAACUCGUACACGAUGCGAACGCCCAGAUCAAGAUCCUCCAGGACAAGAUACAGAAUUUGCAAAUGGAACGAUCUGAUUUAGAGAAGAAGAAUCAUGAGCUGGGAGAAGCUUUCAGAGAAAAAAGUGUGAAUCAGCAAAAGAUUCAAAAGAUGUAUCAACAGCUCAAAGCACAGGUGAUGGCGACACAGGUUGUAGAUGCUGCCGGUGACGAAGCAGAUCUUGCCAUCUAUAGCACCCGUAAUGAUCGAUUCAUCAACAAGAUUCCCGGGGCCCAGUCUGGCGCAUCUAACCUGCCUCAGCUUGGCACAGCACGUCACAAAGAGGUGGGUAAACAUUACAACAGUGGUGGUAGCGGAAGCUCGGGGGGCAAUGAAGUACAGAGAGGGGAAUUCGGACUGGGGCCCCAAUAUGGGGCCCAUGUUCAGAGUAGAAACGUUGGGGGAACUGUCAAUAACAGAGGCUUACCCGGAACACCAUCUCAGCCACAAACACAUCGUAGUCGAUUGCCUGUGCUGGGUGGUCAGCGUCCCCUGUCAAAUGUCGAAGUUGGAUCUGAUUACCAGGCCCCGCCGUUGUCGCGACAAGUGUUUGGGGGCAACAUCGACCCGCGAGUUACCGGUAACCAAGGUUUCGUAUCUCAGUUAAAAAGACCGAAAGGAGCUGUGAACCUUGGCCCUAUCAGACGGUGA